AUGUCUCUUGAUUUCCUUUGUUAUGGUGGUUUUGGCUUUAAAGUUGUGGAGACAUUACCUAUUUGGAGACCGCUGCCGAAUAUUUACAGAUCACAAAAGCUAAAAUAUCUCUUUGAUAAAAAAGAGUUGAAUCUAAGACAACGAAGAUGGAUUGAAUUGAUUAAAGAUUACGACUGUUCCAUCAAGUACCACCCUGGUAAGGCUAAUGUUGUAGCUGAUGCGCUAAGUAGGAAAUCCUCGGGACCCAAGGCCGUUAUUGGUUCAAUAAGAGGAAUGUUAUUGCAGGAGUUCAGGACUUCUAGAAUCGCCUUAUCAGUGGAACUAUCAGGAGGCAUGAUACCUACUUUCCAGAUAAGGCCUACCUUAGUAGAAAACCUUAAGCAGGAUCAGUUGAAAGACCCUGAUCUUCAGAAGAUUGCUGAUGAUGUAAGUAAGGGCAUCAGGGUUGACUUUCAACUGGGAGUAAACAAUGUACUAGAAAAAGAGGGGAGAAUGUGUGUGCCUAACAAGCUAUAG